UUGAAGAAUUUUCAUCGAAUUGUCCUGUUAAACUGAGUUCUUAACUUUUUUCAACUUAUUCCUCAGUGUUAAAAGAUAUGGUGAAGUAACUAUAUAUGGUCAUGACAGUUUUCAACGGAAUUGCUCUUAUAAAAGUUGUAGAAGCUCGUGAUCUCCGACCUACCGAGUGGUCGAAAAGAUUUACAACAAAUUUGAAAGAGACGGCAUUAUUGGAUGUAUAUGUAAAUAUUGAUUGUGAUGAGAAUCAUAUCGGUGAAACAUUGACCCGUCCGAAGACUUGCAUGCCUGUUUGGAACGAGGAUUAUGAGACUGAAGUUCAUGAUGGUCGUGAGCUUGCAUUUACCGUGUUUCAUGACUGCGCCUUACCUCCUGAUGAUUUUGUGGCGAACUGUCGCAUACUAUUCGAGGAUCUCAAAAUUUGGACAAAAAAUGACGUCUGGAUUGAUCUAGAGCCACAUGGAAAGCUCCAUUUGCUCAUUGAAUUGCAAGGUUCAUUAAGUGAAGAGACACCUCAAAAUAAUGCUAGUAAGAAAGAGCGGGUUUUUCGGGAACACAUCGAUGCAUUCAGUAGUCGACAACGGCGAGGUGCAAUGCGCCGAAAAAUCCAUGAGGUUACGGGACACAAAUUUAUAGCCUUAUUUUUGCGACAGCCAACUUUUUGCGCCCAUUGUAAAGAUUUUAUUUGGGGACUUGGCAAACAAGGUUACCAAUGUCAAACAUGCACUGUAGUUGUACACAAACGAUGUCAUGAACAAGUGAUAUGGAAAUGUCCCGGAAGUCGGACCAAUGCCAUCGAUGAAUUGCAAACUGAAGCAGCCAAGCAGGGCCUUGGUCGAUUCAACAUUAAUAUGCCGCAUCGUUUCACAGUUCACAGUUAUAAGCGGCCAACAUUUUGCGAUCAUUGUGGUUCAAUGCUCUAUGGCUUGAUCAAUCAAGGAUUACAGUGCUCUGUUUGUAAACUCAAUGUACACAAACGUUGCCAGCGUAAUGUCGCCAAUAACUGUGGGAUCAAUGCGAAGCAAAUGGCGUUGGAACUUGCUCAACUCGGUUUGACCGGUGAUAAAAUGUCAAUUAGGUGUAAGAAAAAGCCAUCAAUAAUGUCUGGGGAUGUUUGUGAUGAGCCGAGCGCACUAUUAGCAGGAGCAGUCCCAGCUACUACUUCAAUAACCCAAAUAAUUUCCAAACCUGAGAUCGGCAAAAAAAUGUCGAAAGAAGAGCUUAAUGAUGAUGGGGACUCAAAUGACAGUGCAAAUAUUCUUGUAAAACCAACUGCUGUAACUAUUAAUGAUUUUACUUUUAUCAAUGUUCUUGGCAAAGGAUCAUUUGGGAAGGUAAUGCUAGCAGAGCAUAAGAAAACCGGUGAAGUAUACGCAGUGAAAAUAUUAAAGAAAGAGGUGAUACUGCAGGACGAUGAUGUUGACUGUACUAUGUGUGAAAAAAGGAUAUUAGCUUUAGCAGCAAGACAUCCAUUUCUUACAGCCAUACAUUCUUGUUUUCAAACUGUGGAUCGAUUGUUUUUUGUUAUGGAAUAUGUAAAUGGUGGUGAUCUGAUGUUCCAAAUACAAAGGGCACGAAAAUUCGAUGAGCCACGUGCUCGUUUUUAUGCUGCCGAAGUUACCUGCGCAUUACAAUUCUUGCAUCGCAAUGCUGUUAUUUAUCGUGAUCUUAAACUUGAUAACAUUCUUUUGGAUGCUGAAGGACACUGCCGAUUAGCGGAUUUCGGCAUGUGUAAAGAAGGCAUUACUAAUUCCAAGCUUACUUCAACAUUUUGUGGUACACCAGACUAUAUUGCGCCAGAGGUACUGGAAGAAAUGGAGUACGGUGCAUCAGUAGACUGGUGGGCGCUAGGUGUUUUCAUGUAUGAAAUGAUGGCUGGACAACCACCAUUUGAAGCUGACAAUGAGGAUGAGCUCUUUGAAGCCAUUUUGCACGAUGAUGUCCUUUAUCCCGUAUGGCUUUCCAAGGAAGCAGUCAGCAUUUUAAAAGCGUUGAUGACGAAAAAUCCUACGAAACGGUUGGGUUGCAUGCAAUCAGGAAAUGGUGAAGAUACAAUUCGUACGCAUCCGUUUUUCUGGGAUAUCGAUUGGGAAGCAUUGGAGGCACGACGAGUCAAACCUCCUUUCAAGCCUAAAAUUAAGUCAAAACGUGACAUAAGCAAUUUUGAUACUGACUUUACGAAGGAAGAGCCAGUACUUACGCCAACCGAACUAGCCGUUUCCAGGGCAAUAAAUCAAGAGGAGUUCCACAAUUUCUCAUUCGUAAAUCCUAAUUUCACACUUAAUUAUUGA